CCUAGUCUCUCGGAAAGGCACAGUCCGCGAACAGUCCUCGUCCGAUUCAGAUCAACCAGGAGGUUUGCGCUUACAGGAGCACUCAAUAGCUAGUGUUGUCUUUUGCUCUGCAAAGUUCACCAAGUUCAACCAUGAAGGCCUUCGUGUUGGGAUCAGUGUUGUUGCUGGCUGCGGUCUGUUCCGGAUCGUACGUUCCUGCCGAUACCCCAGAGGUGGCUGCUGCCAAGGCUGCUCACUUCGCUGCCCAUGCCCAUGUUGCCGCUCAUGCUGCCCCAGCUGGUCCCCACUGGGAUCAUCAUGACGCCCCAGCUCAAAAGUGGCACGGACCCAUCCAUAUCCCACAGAUCCACAAUGGCGUCCCAGUCGAAACCCCCGAAGUUCAGCAUGCCAAGGCAUUCCACGCUGCUGCCUACGCUAAGGUUUCUGCAUAUCCGCACCAUGCUCCAGCACCACACCACGCCCCAGUAGCCCAUGCUCCAGCUCACCAUGGAGCCGGGGCCUGGCACGGACCUCAACACGUUCCAGUUAUCCACAAUGGAGUCCCAGUUGAAACCCCAGAGGUGCAGCACGCUAAGGCCGCUCAUCUGAACGCUUUGGCUAGCGCUGGUGCUCACUCGCAUGGACCUGCUCCAUGGGCAGCUCACGGUCAUGGACACGAAGAUGAUGGCUCCUACAAGCCCCAUCUGUACGAGGCGCCACACUACUAAGUCACGCCCCGAACGCCAAAUACGCCUCCACCAUUCCACGAAUGCCAAACCUUAGUAGCUAGCCACUUGUAAAAUACUCAUCAUCAACUACUGUCCAUGCCCCGAAGCCUUGGAGUGACUGUUGUAAAAAGAAAGCAUUUCACACAAACACACACACACGUUGGCAAUCACCUCCACAACUAUUGAGUGCUACACUGAAUUCGUCACACAGGAAGAGUUUUCCCACAGGUGCUUCCGCUCAAAUAACAUCCAUCGAAGCAGGCCGAAUGCAACUUGUGGGAGUAGCUUCCAACCGAACGCUUACAUCGAUCGAAGACUGCUACUUUGAUCCAAGUCAGGAGAUUGCCUCUUCGAGAGAUUUAUAACCAAGAAGAUAGAAGAUAACGCAGGGAACGUGCCUGGAUGAUCCCAAAGUGUGCGGUCGUGUUUGUAGUCUGUAGGAAUGAUCUUGUUUAAUGUGAACUGAAUGAAACUGCCAAUUGCAAAGCAAAAGAUUUAAAGAAUCUAAACACA